AUGACUGCUGAAGAAAAUCAUCCAAUGCUGAAAGCAGGUGAAAGCAGUCAUGAACCUCAGUCUAGUUCUUCACCCGAAAAGAAAGUUCUUCUAAUACCCAAGGAUCUUUAUUAUGGUACUGGAAAUGCUGACCAUGGGGUUGAUGCUGGGAAUGCUAACCGAGAGGGUGAUGUUGAAAAUGCUGACCAAAGGGAUGCUGCCGAAAAAAAAAUACGUGAGGUAGGAUGA